UGCGUCACGUCAUGGCUGGCAUGAAGCUUGAUUGCUUUUCUUGCGAAAGUGAGCUUGGUUUUCUUUCUAAGUCGUGAAUGAAUGUUUUGACUUUUAUUUACGUAUCUAAGUUUGAAAUAACGCGUUAUAAAUGAUUCUUUACAAGUGUAGACUAUGAAUAUGUUCCAUUAUAAAUAAUGAAACAUUUGUGACGAAGAAAGAAUAUUCAUCGUUCGCAAAAUGAACGACGGCGACUGGAUUUGCAGUGAUCCAAGUUGCGGAAAUAUUAAUUUUGCUCGUCGGGCAUCAUGUUACCGAUGUAAUAAAGAUAGGCCUGAUGGGGUAAAGCCUUCUAAAAAAAAGCUUGGAACGGAGAUCGGAAAGUCAGCGGCAGAAAAGUCUCGCGGCCUUUUCAACGCUGAUGAUUGGCAAUGCAAUAAAUGUGCCAAUGUGAAUUGGGCUCGGCGUCAAACGUGUAAUGUGUGCAAUGCACCAAAAUUUGGUGAAGUUGAAGCUCGUACCGGUUACGGCGGCGGUUAUAAUGAGCGCGGAGUUGUAGAGUACAGACGUCGUGAGCAUUCUUCCGAUGAUGAAUAUGACGAAUUUGGAAGAAAGAAACGUAAACGCAAAUCGGAACAACAAGACAAGGUUGGCAUCACUGAAGGAGCAGCACCCAAAAAGUUGCCUUCAACAAUGCUGCAGAUGGAAACAAAUAUGGACCAUAAAAUGCCUGUACCUGCUUCAAAGACGAACAAUGCUAAUAGUGUAAAAAUAUCAAAAGGCAGCCUUAGUGAUAGCUCAGUGUGUGAUUUUCCACCACUUACUAAGGUAGCAUUCAGAAGAAAUCAACUUCAAACCCAGACUAACUAUCAUAGGCAAGAUCAUAUGUUGCCAACAUAUAAAACUAUCAAUCAACCUCGUAAAAGAUUUAUAAGCACAGGUGACAGAGACCAUGCUGCAUCAUCAGGCUAUGAAACUGGUUCUAAGAGAAGCAAGAGAAGUAGUAUUGAAUCAACAUGUAAUAAACCUUACAACCCUGUAAUGGAGAACAGAGUGUCUUCUACUAAUAAUGAUAAUGUGAUCUACACAUUUGCUGGGACAACUCCAGCUGAUGAUUUUCAAGUCAGUUAUACAAUUGAAGAAAGAGUGAAGGCUGCGGCUUUUGCUAUUGUGUACAACAAUUGUAAAAUCAGUACAGAUAGAUUUGAAUCAUUUUAUGACAAACCAGCUCCUGAUUUCAAAACAAUAUUUGCAUGGCGUCAGAGAUUACUUACCACAGGAUGUCUGGUUGACUCACAUUUAGACGCAAAGAAAGAUGUUAAUGAAAAAAUAACUAAUAGUUCUUUAAAGCUGUCUCCUCUCAGUAGCACUGCUAACAAACUUCUGAACAAUGUAAAUGUAGACAAAAUUGUGACAAAAAUAGCCAAUCCUGAUGAAAUUCCAAUAGAAUCAGAUAGUGGUGAAAGCCUCCAAAAUGUUAGUCAAACAAAAACAAAGUUUUUGGACCAAAGAAGUGUCAGUGCUGAAACCUUGCUCAUUCCAGGCUUAGAGAAAGAUGCUCGUGCUUUGGCAAGUUCAGUUAGCACAGUAGAGGGCCAGAGCUCUCAAAGAGAUGGUAGAAGUCGUUCUCCUUCUACACAUCAAAGAACUAGAUCUAGCUCACGUGCUAGUCAAUAUUCAAAUUAUCCUGACAGUGAUUCUGAGAAAUUAGAGAAACGAAUAAAUCCGAAAAGUAUUUCGAACAAUAAGAUUCAGACAAAACUGUCUAUACAGGAUUCUGAUUCAGAUUCUAUGUCAUACAAUAGUGAAGAUGAAAAUUUUUUGUCAAGAGUUUAUGGCGAAGGUAGAAAAUUAAGACGAAGAGUUCGAAGACGCUCUGCAUUAUCCAAUGCAAAACUAACAAGCUACAGUCCAAACAUUGAGUCUCAGACAUUCCAAGGCUACAGUACUGGUGUAAACCCAGACCAGCCAUCACUAGAGGCUUCAAAUAGGUAUACAUCUAAUUUGAGUGUCAUGAAUGUAAGAGAACAUGACAGCAAACUUGUUGAUACAGAUGGAGGUUCCAUAGAGUAUGUACCGACAAAAGUUGGUUCCACUGCAAAGAAAAAUUACCAAGAGUUUAAAAACAAUGUUCGUCGGAAAGGUUAUUGGGCCAAAGGAAAUGGAGCAGCUUUCGGACGAAACAAUAACACAUCCAGAAAUUUACCACUACAAAAGUGUAGUACCAGCUUUUCGAAUUGGAACACAAUUAAAAAACCUCCAAAAAUUACUGUUCAGACUAAUGCCAUCCCCUUUAAACAUGUAGACCGUAGUACAAACAACUCGUAUCCUACAGAAAUACAGUGUUACAAUUCUCAAACACAGAAGAAAGCUGUGAUGAACCAGAUUGAUGAUUUUACUAAAGAUGAUUUAGAUUAUAUUGCACCAGAUGACCAGUACUUAUCAUUUGACAAGCCAUCACAAAGCUGUAAUCAAGUGAAAAUUCCCACUAACCAUGAAGAUUCGGAUCGAAUAUUUGCUGUGGUACAGUCUGCAUCAAAUAAUAAAAAUAAAAGCAUUAUGGAUAUAUUUGAAACUAACGAAGUUAGAACUAGUCCUGAAGAAAGUCAAGAAAUUGAUUAUGACAGCAUACUAAAAAGAUAUGAAUCUCAGUGGGAUGAAGAUGAUGAUGAAUUGUACAAAGAUUCAUUUGAUACUGGAUUAAAUGUCCACAAAACGUCUACACCUCCACAAAAUACAGUUGUAGUAGCCCCAAUGCAAAGUCCAUUAUCAAACAUGCUGUAUUCUGUAGCAGAUACAGAACCUCAACCUGACCCUUCUAACAAAUCUAUUACAGGUAUUUUCAAACAAGAAAUGUUACUUGGUUUAUUAAAAGAAAUCCAGGUCAAUAAAUGCCAACAGCUGGGUGAAUUAAUUUCGCCUCUGAAACCCUGUGACCCUGCUGUCUCUGAAUCAGAUAUAGAUGAUAGUACUACUGUUCAAAAUAUUGUACAAGCUCAGCCUGUUAAAAAUAUCGAUCAACCAAUAACAGUGAGCAGAGAACCAUCAGUUGAAAUAAUACAAACUGCUAGUCAGGAUAGUGUCUGUGAUGUCAAUAGACACAUGAUGUCUAAAUCAAAUGACACUAAAAGUCCAUCAAAAUCCAUAGAAAUUCUGGAAUCUGUUUCCAUACAACCGAAUCAUAAAUAUUUCAUAUCAACACAGAAACUGUAUGAAAACCCUUCUAAUAUUUCAACACAAAGCGAAAUAAACAACACUGUCCAAGAAUCCGUUACAGAGCCUGUGUUAGAAGUAACCCAAGAACAAACAGCAAAAGUCCCUCCCCUGGAUUUAUCAGAUCUUUUGGCUGGAAUUGACACAAAUAACCUCUUAUUAGCUCUUCAGAACUUGCAACAGAUAAAUCAGAAGUCAUCUGCAGAAACUGAAAAUGUAGAUAUAACUGAACAUAAUUCUUCAAGUGAAGAUGUUCAGCAUGUCGAAACCAUUAAUUUAAUAAAUGAUGAAGAAUGGGAACGCGAAACAAACCGAGGAGAAAGUAUAGAACGACAACUAGAACAGUUACACGGAAAUAGAGGAAACACACCUUUUCUAAGUGAUAUUUUUGACCCAGGACCAGUAGUAAUACCUCCAAAUGUUGCUAAAAAUCUCAAUUUAAAUCUCCAAAAUCUCAACCCAGAUAAAACUGAAAAAACUAAACACAUAAAUGAAAAUGCUCCAGUUAUAGGAAAUUUCAAAAGUUUCGCGCUACCGAAACCUAUCUUAUUAAAUAGACUUAAAUUGACAGUCAAGGGUUCAGAUAAGAAUCCCAAAAAGGGAGACGGCAAGAAGAAACAAAAGAAGAAGAAUAAGACACAAGCUCAUCAAACUGAAGAUGGGGCCGAACAAGAUGAGGAAGAUGAUGAGGAAUCUGGAGAUGAGGCAGACCUAUCAAAAUACGAUUUGUGGGGCAGUGAUGAAGAAAGGGGAACUUCUUCUAAAAAAGAUGAUGCAGAUAAAUCUAAAGUCAGUGAAAGUCUAAAGGAGAGCGUACCCGAAGUAGAAGAUAACGGGAAGACAGCUUCACCAGAUAUAAAAAAUAACAAGAGACACAGAAGUUCGUCCUCUUCAUCAAGUUCCUCAUCAAGCUCCAGCUCUAGUCACAGCUCCUCCCAGACUCCAAAAAAUAAGUUUGACGAUUUCAAUUUGAAUAGCGAACGCGAAUCGUCGCCGAAACAGGACAAGUCGCGGUCGCGGUCGCCCCGGUCCCGGUCCGGCGGCCCCGUCCGGCGCAAGUCGCGCGACAGCCGCUCCGCCGGCGAGACUAGGAGUCACGAGUCCUCGCGGGACAAGGACCGGUCUCGUCGCGACAAGUCUCGCAAGGAGCGCCGCUAUAGUCGCGAGGGGCACUACGGUGGCCGCGGACGACACCGCUAGUCGCGUCGCGCUCCACCGAGUGGACGUGCUCAGACCCGGGAACUUAAACCUUACAGGCGCAUAUUGUAUCUGCGCGCUUCCGUCCUGCAACUUCCUCCAUCUGUAACUGACGUCACCGUCAGAAAACCUACGGUCAGAGUGGUUUCUGGGCGUGCGCCGGACGCACAGUAUGCGCGUGGGCUUAAGCUCCGUCUGCGCCCUCUGUGUUGCCUCUGCAGUUAAAUUGCAUUUUUUUUUCCGGCAAAAGGACCGGAACGCGGCGCUGUAAUUAUUCGACGACCAGUAAAUCGGAAUCCGUUCAUAUGAAGAAGUAAAUUCGCGGGUCGAGAACAGUGCUCUAUGAAAAUUACGAAUGUAUGUUAUUAGCUUCAAAUUUUAACGCGUACCCGUGGAAACUGGUUUGUACUGGUAUGCGUCGUGCACGCAAAACGGAGCGUGCAGACGGAGCAUUAUGAUCGUUGACUUUCACACGAGUAAAAAAACAUUUAUAUUAAUGCACAAGAUCCAAAAAAAAUACUUUAUUGAAAAUUUAAGUUCAGAGUCAUUCUUAAUUCAAUUGGAUCUAAUAAUAUUUAUCGGGCCUCGUUCCUAGUACAUAAAUCAUUUUAGUAAGAAUAACUUUUUUUAUUUUUACUUAUCGUGGUUUGAGUCCUUUCCGCUGAAGCACAUCCAAUUAAUAUAAUAGCCGUUUAUCACAUAACAUUGGGUACCGAUGGAUUUGUAAUGUCUACGUAAAAAAAAGUUCUUUGAAACAAGUGAAUGAGCAAACGAAGAGAAUACACUGUUGUCCCGUUCUGAACAAUGUCCACUGUGACAGCGCCGCGACAACUUCAUAUAUAAAUAUUUAUAUAUAUAUCAAGAAGCAAUAUGUAAUUAAGUAUGCAGAGUUUAGUAUACAUUUAGAGUCUAGUUCGUAUUUUUAUAUAAAACAAUAGCGGUACAUAUGUAUGUUAAGUGGGGUUACAGAUUGUAUUUUUUUUUUUCAUUACUUUUCGAGAAUCUAUGAUUAGAUAAGAAUAGAAGCAAUAUUGGAUUUUCAUAAAAUUUCUUAAGACGCUUCGUAUACUUUACGGUGUAAAAGUUUAAUUUAAUCACCGACGCCGUGUCUACGUGAAUUGAAAAAAAUAAAUAUGAGUGAUUUGAAAAUUUCAAAAUAGUUUUUAAUCAGCUCGAAACUUGUUGUUUUCAACCAUCCUGUUUUAGGGUUGUCGAAACAUAAAUUGAAAUUCAAAGUU